CUUUGCUCUCCCCAGAGAGUGAGAGAGAGAGAGAGAAGCGAGAGAGAGCUCGAAUAAUCCAUGAGAUAGAUCUUGCGCUACAGCAUCGGGUUGAAAGCGCUCUCCUUUCUUCUUCCUCCUCCCUCUUUGACUUUGGUUGGUUUCUCCUCCUCUUCCUCUUCUCCUCUUUCAAGUUCUGAGUUGAUAUUCUCUACCCCGGUUCUGCUCUUUGCCUAGAUAUGGAGGCGUUGCGCGGAAGCAAGAAUACAGGAGCUGCUUCUCCCCAAUCCGUGGUCGAAUUGUUAGUGGCGGAGACCGUAUUGGCUGCUGAAAGGUCGCUCCUUUGCUUUAUUCUGGCGGUGGGCUCUAUAUCAAGUCAAACUGGUCCGCGGAAUGAAGGAUCGGAAGUAAUUUUAGGGAUACUCCGACGAAGCAAACCUGAAGCUGUUCCCGAGAACAAGGACGAUGGCGAGUCAGAUGAUGACAAUGAUGAGGAUGGGGACAGUCAGGAAGACGGAGGUAAAGAUGAUUUCUCUGGAGAGGAGGGGAACGAUAAUGAAGGAGAGAAUGAUGAUCCCGAGGUCAAUGGUGGAGGAGGAAGCGAAGAAGAGGAUGAGGAAGAUGAUGAGGAGGACGAUGAUGAAGAGGAGGAUGAGGAUGAGGAUGAGGAAGAGGAUGAUGAAGACAAGGAUGAGGAACUCCCACAACCACCUUCCAAAAAGAGGAAGUGAGGAGAUGCUACGUCGGUUCUUGCAUAUAGUUUCAUAUUGGCUAGUUUUGAUUAGACCUUAGCAUUAAGGUGGGUUUAGUUUGUGGUUGGGAAUGAUUCCCUAUAGGUUAGGUAAGCGAUGACCUCCUGUGUAUGAACUUUACUAUGUGUAUUAAUCUUAAACAUAACAAUAUUGCUACUCUGAGUCAGCAUUCGAUAUAUAUACUCAAAGCUUGCCUCA